CCCUGUGCCAAGACCCCGAUAUGUGCGAUCCUAACAUUGAAAACCACAGGGGAUAGCAGCACUUCGCUUGUAUGGUAUUGUUGCAACAUGAUCACAACACAACCAACAGACAAGCUAGUAGCUGCACACACAAACGAGUCUCGGGGAAUUGCCACCACAACAGUUCCGUGGCGGAGAAAUACCGGCGGAAAAUCGGGAAAAUGCCCGGAGCGGAGCUGCGGGUUCAGCCACACGCAACGCGCGGAUACGAUGCCGGAGGGUGCAAGCGCGGGACCUGCCGACGCCUCACAGGCCUCACAGGUCUCACAGGCUAGUGCUGGCGGUUCUUCCUCUGCGGAUCAGGGAGCUGCCGCUGCGGACCCGAAGGCAACCGGCGAGGCUAUCGAUGAGAUGCUAGCCGCCAACGACCCCGUCAAAAACAGCAACGGCAAACGCGCGUACCCGGAGCCCAACUUCCCGAUCGAGCGGUCAGGAGCAGUGGGAGGGAAAGGGAGCUACCCCAUCCGGUUCAAACUGAACGCGGCGCCUACACACGGGAGAUCUGCCCGUGCGACGGUGCCUCGGAAGCGUAUCAUCGAGUGGCUGAAGCAGGAGGAGCAGCUCAGGGAGAAGGUCAGCGCCAACCCCAAGCUUUCGAAGGCCAAGCAGGUUCACAGCGGAGGGAAAGCUUCGACAGUCGACGCCGAACAAGCCCUUGUGGACUACAUCAACGAGCAGCGCAAGCAGCAUCGCGGUUGUGGUAAUCGGGAGGUAAUGAACAAGGUGCUCGAGCUGAAGCCUGACGCCCUUGGCGGGAUGCCGGCGAACGCGAAACCGGAGGAGGCGCUGGCUUUCAAGGUCAAAUUCAACUCCUGGUACCAACGGUUCCGCAAGCGGCAUGGGUCCAGCAUCCGCCGGCGUACCAGCGUGGGCCAGAAACUGCCGAAGGGGUACGAGGGUAUGGCGUGGGCGACGGUGAUGAAGCUGCGCGAGGCUCUCGUUAAGCGCGCCGGUGAGAUCUACGCUCGGCGCCACCCGCCGGCACCUGACGAGAGCCCCACCAAAGGGGAGGAUCUGACUUCCGAGCAGCUGGCGUCUGUGGAGGCGGAGGUUUUCGAGGAACUCGGCAACAUGGACCAGACGCCAGUCCAGCACGAGAUGCCGGUGGAGACCACUCUGGACAAGACCGGUGCGAAGGAUGCUCGCAUCAGCACAGGAGUUGAGGGCGGGAAAAUAUUUUUGUCAAUAUUUGGUGUGAUAAAGGGGCUGCUGCGGGGCAAGCACACCGCCUACAGCGCGUCGGCGGUCGCAGACGCCCGGUCGGGGAAGGUGAAGCCACCGGAGCGUGAGGUAGUCUCUACGUGGUGCAAGGAAUCGUGGGAGUCCAUCACCCCCGAGACGGUGAAGACUUGCUUCAAGAUCUGCGGUCUCACGCUCGCGCUCGACGGCAGCGAAGACCACGCCUGGUGCGAGCACAACUUCGGGGAAGACUACCCCGACCUUCUCGAGGAGCAGCACGCCGUGUGGCUCGCUGAGCACCCCGACGUGACUCCCCCGCCGCUCAAGCUGCCGAAGGUACCAGGGGGGUUUGACUCCAACCCCAUCACGGCUGCUCAGAAGGAGGUCGAGGGGAAGCUGCUGCCCUACGUCGCUGAUGAGAGCGACAGCGACGUGUAGGUCUUGGAGGGCGACAGCGACGUGGAAGUCGUGGAGGGGCAGGGGGGCGGGGGCGCCGAAGGAGAAGUAGUCGAACUUUGGAUCAUGGUUCUUUUGAAUUGCCAGUGAGAUUGGAUGUUUUUGGGAUGGUAGGGGCGCGGGCACGAAGUAGAGUUCAACCCGCCUGGGAAGUACAGUAGUAGACGUUGGUAUCUCGUAGUUGUAGUUUGGUGUGAUUUUUCACUUCGUUUUUGGUUUCAUCCGCGUUUAGAGUUGUUGAGUGGAUGCCGUUUGCCGAUUUGCCGAUGUUGAUUCUUCAGAACGAAAAGAAGAGAACAAAGAGUACAAACACCACAUUUUUGAACAUCGUCAUGGUGCCCAGGGCAGCAGUAGCAGUGGAGCACGCGAUUCAAGCUCCCACAAUAUCCGAAAUUUCCAGCAUAAGGUGCUGGUGAAAGGGUAUCACUUACGGCCAAACCUCACCGCACAUAUCGACGUCUCCGCACAGUGUGCGGAGACGACGAUACCUGUGCGAUAAUCUACCAAAUCAUUCGGAACCCGCUUUUUUUCCGCACAUCCUGUGCCAAGACCCCA